UUAAAAAUCAAGGUAUUCUCAUAUUCUUUUUUCAUAAUAAUUCUUUUUUUGAUCUAGUAAUUCAGAAUUUUGUGGGGUUUUGACAAAAAAGUCCUAUAUUUGGGAUUUGGACUUAGGUUCAAAAAUAGGGCUAAAACAAUUUCCGUCUCAUGAUUUUUUGUACUUUGAUGGCGGCUCUGAGAUUGAUUUAAAUUGUGAAACAGAGAUGGGACAUGGGCAAGUUAAGAGUUAAGUCACUGCUGGAAGUAUGAGGAGUUUAUGUCAUGUGGAAUUGGUUAAUGGUGAUUCAGUUCUUCGUAACAUAAAGUCGGCCAGUUUCCCCGCAGCUCUUACAAAAAAGGAAAAGAAAUUUAAGGAUUAAAUAGGAAAUAGACAGCAGACCGUGAAAGACAAUGGAGUGUAACCGAGAUGAGGCCAAUAGGGCAAAAGAAAUCGCAGAGAGAAAGUUUACAGCUAGAGAUGUGGUUGGUGCUAAGAAGUUUGCAUUAAAAGCGCAAAAUUUGUUCCCUGGCCUCGAGGGUAUUUCACAGAUGCUAUCGACACUUGAUGUGCACCUCUCUGGGGAGAUUAAAAUAGGCGACGAAGCAGAUUGGUAUGGGAUUCUAGGUGUGAAUCCCAAGGCUGAUGAUGAUACAGUCAGGAAAAAGUACCGUAAACUGGCUCUGAUGCUCCACCCCGACAAGAACAAGUCAAUUGGAGCCGAAGGAGCGUUUAAGCUCAUCUCAGAAGCGUGGAGUUUACUGUCUGAUAAAACCAAAAGAAUCAUGUAUGAUCAGAGGAGAUCUUUGAAAACAUCCCAGCAAAAGGUCCCAUCGGCAAGUGGAGUUUCUUCGGCGACUCCACCUGGUGCAAACGGCUUUCAUAAUUUCCCCAACCCUUCUUCCAAUGUUAAGGCUCAUAAGACGACUACUAAAGCAGCUCCAGCUCCAGCUCCAGCUCCGGCUCCGGCUCCUGCACCGCCUCGUCAUUCAAAACCCAAUACAUUCUGGACUGCUUGCCAUAGAUGCAAGAUGCAGUACGAGUAUCUGCGGGUUUAUCAAAAUCACAAACUCCUUUGUCCCAAUUGUCAUGAACCCUUUUUGGCAGUAGAAACGCAGGCCCCACCAGUAAAUGCUUCUAAUGCAUCUGGCCAUUGGCAGCCUCCUAAGCAACGUCAGAACUCCAAUCAUAAUUCAAACAAGAGUUCUGGUGGAUCAGGGAGGAAAUCAUCUUCUUCUGCUGCUAAUAUGGGAUCAGAUCCAUCCAAUCAAUCAAAAUGGAGUCCCUUUUCUGGAACAGCUAGUGGUGGAAGUGCUACUGCCUCGGCUGCUGCUGCUGCCCAAGCUGCAAGUGUGGUUCAGCAGGCAUAUGAAAAAGUCAAAAGAGAGCGUGAGGAGGCUCAAGCAGCAGGCCGAAGACAAGAAGCCCUUCGGAAGAAGAACAGCCAUGGUUCAAAGAGGACAGCUAGCAAUUCUGGUGCUGGUACUCACGACAUGAAAGCUAAGAGGAGGAGGAAUGGAGAUGAAAAUGUAGGGAAGCAAACAGCAUCAGGAGCUGGCAUGGCUAGUGGGUCAGGAAUUAUGCGCAAUUUCUUAGAGAAGGAUCGAGCUAAUAGUUUGCCUAACAGCACAAGGGACUUGUCGCAGCUUGAGCUCAGGAAUAUGCUGAUAGAAAAGGCUAGGCGGCAAAUUUGUAAGAAGUUAGAUGAAUGCAAGUCAGCUGCUGCAGGCAUGGCUACAGAGAAAGAGAAAGGAAAGCCAGAAGUCAUUAAAGAUCGGAAGAAAGAGGGAGAGGAAGUGAAAGAAACGGCUAGUGUAGAAGUUGACGCCAGUGAUCAGAGCAAGGGUGUUGAAUCUGUGGAUGUCAAGAAAUUAUCAUCAAAUGGAUCACCCUCUAUUGAUACAGAUAGUGUUGUUUCUGAAACUGUAGCUCGUAAUACCAUGUCAAUUACAGUUCCAGAUCCGGAUUUUCACGACUUCGACAGGGAUAGAUGUGAAAAAUGUUUUGGAACUAACCAAGUUUGGGCUGCAUAUGAUGAUGAUGACGGAAUGCCUCGCUACUACGCAAUUAUUCACAAAGUGAUUUCUGUAAAUCCAUUUAAAAUGCGGAUAAGCUGGCUCAAUUCCAAAACCAACACUGAAUUGGGCCCAUUAAAUUGGACUGGUUCUGGAUUUUCCAAAACCUGUGGAGAUUUCAGGGUUGGUAAACAUGAGUUUAAUAGCUCACUCAAUUCUUUCUCGCAUAAAGUUAAAUGGACUAAAGGUCCGCGCGGGGUGGUCAUUAUAUUUCCUAAAAAGGGUGAUGUGUGGGCUGUAUAUCGUAACUGGUCCCCUGACUGGAAUGAGCUUACCCCAGAUGAAGUUAUACAUAAGUAUGAUAUGGUGGAGGUACUCGAGGAUUAUACGGAGGAUCAAGGUGUGGUUGUUAUACCUUUAGUCAAGGUUGCUGGUUUCAAGACAGUUUUUCAUAGGCACUUGAACACCAGGGAAGUCAGGAAUAUCCACAGAGAAGAGAUGUUCCGGUUCUCUCAUCAAGUUCCGUCUUGCUUACUUACAGGUUCAGAAGCGCCAGGCGCUCCAAAAGGUUGCCGGGAGCUGGACCCUGCUGCUACUCCUGUGGAACUUCUACAGAUAGUAACAGAAGCCAAAGAAGAAAUGGUGGAUACUGCUGAAGAAGAGACUAAGGCAAAACACAGAGAAGUGGAUGUUGUGGAGAUUGUUGAAGAAGAGAUCACAGUUGAUACAAAAGAGAAGAUGGUUCCUGCAGGAGAAAAUGAGGAAAAUGUUGUGGAGAUUGUUAAAGAGGAGAUGAUGAUGGAAGCUAAGGAGAAAAUGAUAAUAGAAGAUUCUAAGGAAAGUGAUGUUAUGGAGAUUGUUGAUGAAGACAUAGAGCUACCUGAGGAGGAGGAUGUUAUGGAGAUUGUUGAAGACGAGAUAAUGAUUUUAGAAGGUGAAGGUCGUAAGACUAAAGACUAUAAUUCAAGCAGAAACAGAAUGAUCAGAUCAUUGUUUGAACAGGAAGAAGAUACUGUCGAGAUAGCUGUAGAAGAAAUGAUGGAGGAAGUUAAGGAGAGAGAAAUUAUAGAUGAAGAAGAAGAACCCAUGGAAGAAGAUUCUGUUGAGAUUCCUGAUGUAGGGGAGCCUAAGGAGGAAAAAGUUUCUAAGAAUGCAGAAAAACAGAGGGCAGGAGACGAUAUAGAAGGUACAAUAAAAGAAACUGGGGAGGAGAUUGUGAAGAAUGUUUCUGAUCAGCUUGUAAAAAAUAAUGAAAAGCUGAAGGAUGCAAAGACCGGUGAAGAGGUAACCCCUGAACCCAAGGACAAACAGAGCAUGAAGAACCGUGAACAACAAGGAGUGUCAGAAGCUCAGGAAGAGAUGGAGCAGGUCAGAUUGCGGUCAAGUGAAGAGAUGGCUCAAAGUUCUGUAGUAUAGAAUGGAGAAGGAUAAGAUAUGGUUAAGAAAGUGAAUAUGUUGGAUCUAUGUGCAUCAGACAUGGAUAGGUGAACAACUUCUCUAUUAAGAAGUAUCUGAACCCUUCUGAUACUUUCUGGGUUAUCCAUUGCUGUUUGAUGCUGGGAUUGCAAUAUUGCAGAGCAGCAAGUUACUUUUGCUGGUAACCUGUCUUGAUUUUAAGCAAUCACACUGACAACCUGAGGAUGUUAGUGAUUGGGACAUUGAAUGAUUCUUGGUUGUUUGAAUAUCUCUAAGGAAUGUGACUGAUUCUAAGGAAUUCUGUAGCAGUCGUGGUGGACUUCUUCGAAUAUCUAUAAAGGUGAGGAUUGACUCAUAUCGCUUUGCCACAAGGAGUAUGUUUGAUUGAUAGUAACCCCAUACAAGUAUAACUGCAAUUUACUGCUAGUCAACUAAUAAUACCCUUUCGCUCAUGUAUCUUCAGAAAUAUUGUAUCAACCUUGUCGAAAUUUUCUUCUUCUUUUUGUUCAGAUGGUGAGGCAAACCCGUCUUCAUAUUGUUUCAUUUAUAGUUUCGUUUAUAUUCUUGUUGGCUCUUCUUUCAAACAGAAAAAGGAUGCCAAUGUUGUAGAUGAUAACAUAAGUUGAUGAUAUUCGCAUAUUGCUCCAUUCAUUCUCUUCAUAUUUUUCUUC